AGCAAACAGAAGCUCCUUGCAGAUUCUCUGUGUGCAUGUGCUAAUGAAACAAUAAAUUUCACAUCCUGCUGGCAGCACUUUCCCGCCAGCCUGGGAACCAGUGUGACCGAAGACAUCUGAGAAGAAAUACUUCUGUGCAGCACAAAGGAUAAAAGAAGGCUGAUAUAGACUUCGGACUUUGAAGCCUAAAUUAAUAUGAAGUUCCCGAGGACUCUCCGUCGCAGAUUCAACGCCUUGAUUUUCCUGGGCGUCCUGCUGGGGGCAGCAGUGGUGCUGUUCCAUGACUGGUACACCAGGAUCAGCCCCCGUCAUUCUCCUUUCCCUGAAGGCCGAAAGGUUCACGUUUUGCUGCUGUCGUCAUGGAGAUCUGGUUCGUCCUUCCUGGGUCAGGUGUUCAGUCAGCACCCGUCUGUUUUCUACCUCAUGGAGCCUGCGUGGCACGUUUGGAUUACAAAUCAUAAAUCCGGUGCAAAGAGUCUCCGAGUGCCUGUGAGGAAAAUGCUGUGGGGUUUAUACAAGUGUGACUUCUCACUGAUCAGAAACUACCUGCCAGGAAACCCUCGUCUGUCCUCCUUUUUCAUGUGGACCCAAAGUCAGGCGCUGUGCUCGCCGCCGGCCUGUCCCGUCAGAUCAGCCAAUGAGAGUCAGUGCGACAAAGCGUGUCACUCUGUAAGCUUGGACAAAGCGCAGGACGCCUGCGCAACAUACACUCAUGUGGUUUUAAAAGAAACUCGCUUCUUUGAGAUGGAGUCCCUUUAUCCCCUUCUGCAGGACCCCAACCUGGACCUCCGAGUGGUUCAUCUGGUCCGGGACCCUCGGGCGGUGAUGCGGUCCAGGGAGGAGUCGGCCUACCUUCUCGACAGAGACAGCGAUAUAGUUCUGGAGCACAGAAACGUGUCUGAGGCCGACAGGCAGUAUGAAGUCAUACGAGAAAUCUGCCGCAGUCACCUGGACAUUUAUGAGAGAGGGUUCUUCGACCCGCCUCCGUUUCUGGAGGGCCGCUACAAACUGGUUCGCUACGAAGACGUGGCACGAAACCCACUAACAGAGUUGAAUAGUAUUUAUGAGUUUGUAGGUUUAAAGAUGACCUCUGAGGUGGAGGAAUGGAUCCAAAAGAUGACGCAUGGAGGGGGGAAAGGCGGCGGGAACGUAGCUUUUAAAAUCACCUCCAGGAACGCAGCUGAAGUGUCGCAAGCUUGGCGCACCGUGCUGAAUCACAGCAAGGUCCAGCGCAUUCAGGAGUUGUGCAAAGGCGCCAUGUUGUUGCUCGGCUACAGGACAGUAGACAGCGAAGAAGAACAGAAGAGACUCGAUAUCGGCCUGUUAGACCCUGGGCGCCCAUAGAGUUCAGCUUUCAAGUUAGACCAAAAAAAGUAGCGGUGCAGCGAUUUAUCAGUGCUUAUUUUCUUAAUUUUAGGAGAUCGGUGAUCGCCUGAUUUUUACAUGUAAAGCUAAUCUUGUCUAAUCUUGCUUUCAACAUCGGCAAAGGUGCAAAACUCAACCACUGGGCUUUUCUUUUCUCCCGUGACAGAGGUUUUACUGACAAACCAGCCGACCAGGUCAUGUCUGCACAUUUACA